AAAACAGUUUUUUUCUUUUUCACUUCAAGGAAAAUAACAAGGACAUCUUAUUGUGGAUAAUUGAAAUUACUGAAAACUCAGCUAAUUCUUUCAAAGUCACCAUCUAAUUUGUUUUCUGGUAUGCUGCCCUAAACGUUAGAAAAAUAUCUGUAGCACCUUAACAUCUCUUGGGAGCCAUGCUUCGGGCACCAUAACGCGGUUAAAAAGAGCUGAUUAAUAAGCACCUGUAAAUUUAUCCCAACUUCAAGCAGUGAAGGUUUUGUUUCUGACACAAUUUCUGUGAUUAAAUAUAGAAAAUUAAGAUUGUGAUAUAGAUGACACUCUUUUGCUCAAGUUUUAUAAAUGCUUUGAAACAGUUGCUUGGAAAGGAAUCUUUACCAUUGGAACAGUUUAUAAAUACAUUUUUUUUAUAAAAAAAAUAGUAUUUAAAAUCGAAGAAUUUGAAAUAUAAUCUUUUCAGCCUUAACUUAACAAAAAAGUUGUUUAACUCUUAAAAGAAAUAUCGUCAGGUUCUACAUACCAAUUGGCCCUGCAGAAGAAAAUUUCUAAUCUGAUUUAACAAUUGGCAAAAUGUUUUGCUUCUAUACAGCACAGUUUCACGUUUUGUGAGGUUUAUCUUACUGUAACCUGUGUUAUCUUACUGUAAGAGCGUAAUUUUUUUUCUCAAACAGUAAAAUGUUAAAAAGUAUUAAAUAACUUAAAAAAAAAAAAAAUAGAAUCCAUUUUGGAGUGACUUGAAGAGAGUAUUAUUGUAUAUGAAUUUUGUGCAAGGCUCAACUGAAACUUUUCAAAAUGUUUAUGUGAAAUAUUGUAUGAUACUUUAAGAAAGGAUCACAUUUAUUUCGCCCUGAAUAAAAAAGUUUUUAAAGAAAGUCAUGCGAUUGUGUAAACAACCAAAGGAAGAGAAAUUAUAUUGUUACAUGUAUUGCUGCCACAAAUUGUAUCGAUUUUGUGGAUAUGCAGAAAAGUUUUGCCGAUUGGAGCUUUUAGCUACAGCUAACAGUUGCUCGUUGUACUACGAGCUUUGUGCAGAUAUCACCAAUUUUAGGAAACUGAGAUCGGCCGAUGAAUCAGUUUGUGAAAUAUCAAAGGCAUUAUUACUUUCGAAGUAAAAUGAAACUGGAAUAAUAUGAGGACGAAAUCGAUAUCGAGAGCGUCGAGUACUAAUGUUAGUAUUUUGUAAGCACAUUUUGGUAAAUAACUUCAGUUCUUAUACAUAUGGGAAAUCUGCUGCGAAUAUAUAUACGUUAAGUUUGUGGAAUAGCUGACAGUAGUUGGAUGAAGAAGUAGUGAUACAUGAUAUAAUUUUUACCAAUAAUUAUUGAAUUAAUGUUGUAUUACAUUAGGUUGGUAGUUGGGUUUUGGUAGAAGAAGAACACUGUGACGUAUGAUGACUUUUUAAGGUAACAUUACCUGGAUUCUCGGUCACUUCUCAAUUGCUCAAAGAUUUUUUAAUUUUUAGAGUGAAUUCUCUGCAAAGAACUCUCCAAGGUACUUUUGGAUAGGAACAAGGAUCUACAACAACGGAAUAAACGCGAUAGUUUAAAACGGUUUUCCGUGGAUUUUGUUUAGCAGCAGAUGAGCAACUCACUAGAUGUGAUUGAUUGAUUGUGUGAAGUUAACUGAUUCUCUCUGCGAAAAGGACCCCCCUUCAUAGGAUAGUGAGCGGAGGGGUGUCCAUGUGCAAAUAGCGGCCGUGAAGCCAUGAACUACAAUUGCUUCCUCGUGCUCCUCAUUGGCUGUUUUCUCUUUCUUGCAUCCCUAGUUGUGUGUUCGGAGGACGAGGAGCGCUUGGUACGCGAUCUGUUUCGGGACUACAACAAGCUGAUCCGUCCCGUCGAGGUUAUGAACCAGACCGUCGAAGUUUCCUUCGGACUUUCCUUCAUCCAGCUCAUCAACGUCAAUGAGAAAAAUCAGAUUAUGACGUCCAAUGUUUGGUUACAAUUGACCUGGAUGGACUAUCAGUUAGUGUGGGACCCGGCAGAUUACGGAGGCAUAAAUGUGCUUCGCCUGCCACCCGACAAAGUUUGGAAGCCGGACAUUGUACUUUUCAACAAUGCCGACGGCAACUACGAAGUUCGCUACAAAUCGAACGUGCUCAUCUACCCCAACGGUGGCGUCAUGUGGGUGCCACCUGCCAUCUACCAGAGCUCAUGUCGCAUCGACGUCACCUACUUUCCCUUCGACCAGCAGAAAUGCGUCAUGAAGUUCGGCUCGUGGACCUUCAACGGGGAUCAGGUCUCCCUCAGGCUCUACAACGACAACGACUGGGUGGACCUGUCCGAUUACUGGAAGAGCGGGACGUGGGACAUCGUCGAAGUGCCGGCCUUUCUCAACGUCUACAACAACUCCAAAUUCGGCAAGGUCACCGAGACGGACAUUUCGUUCUACAUCACGAUCCGCCGGAAGACCCUCUUCUACACGGUGAAUCUAAUUCUGCCGACGGUGCUCAUCUCCUUCCUCUGCAUCCUCGUCUUCUACCUCCCCGCGGAGGCCGGGGAGAAAGUGACGCUGGGGAUCUCCAUCCUCUUGUCCCUCGUCGUGUUCCUGCUCCUCGUCUCCAAGAUCCUUCCCCCAACCUCUUUGGUGCUACCCCUCAUCGCAAAGUACUUGCUCUUCACCUUCCUCAUGAACACUGUGUCCAUUCUGGUCACAGUCAUCAUCAUCAACUGGAACUUCAGGGGGCCCAGAACGCACAGGAUGCCAAACUGGAUCCGCGUGGUCUUCCUGCAGUACCUUCCUUCCAUGCUGAUGAUGAAGCGUCCCAAGAAGACGCGCCUGCGCUGGAUGAUGGACCUCCCCGGCGUCUACGCGCAGCACUACCACCCGGCGAGGCCGCCGCCGCCGAAGCCGCCGCUUAGCGAGCUCCUCAGCGUGCAUCACCCCAACUGCCACGUGGCGCGAGCGCUCAGCGGCGGUAGCCUCACCCCCUCCGAGAGCAACACGCUCGUGCUCAGCUCCGAGGCCCUGCAGGCCACGGAGGCGGUCGAGUUCAUCGCGGAACAUCUGAGGAGCGACGACGAGUACAUCCAGAUACGUGAAGACUGGAAAUACGUUGCGAUGGUAAUCGAUCGUCUGCAGUUAUAUAUCUUCUUCCUAGUCACGGCGGCUGGAACAGUGGGCAUACUCCUGGACGCACCACACAUAUUCCAGUACGUGGACCAGGACGCCAUCAUCGAGAUGCAUAAAGGGAAAGCCUCCAGAUGAGACCUUGAAAUCGCUGCCUAUAUUUUGUGCGUCUGAAAAGAUGGCUGCCUAUUGAAAAAGACAAAAUGCCAUCGACAUCAAGAAAUGCAAACGACUGAAUCAUUAUUGCUCAA